UGUUUGCCGCCUUGUGAUUGCACCAGUGCUCACACGCUAGCGCGCGAGGAGGGUGAGCUGCACGUGCAUGCGCCCGUUCCACCUGGCCCAAUCACGUACGAGGAAGCUGAGAGCAGCGCUACAGUCUGCCGCCGCUGCUGCGGAGCUUCGCACUGACCCGCAGCUCGGCCAGCAGCUCACCUGACAGGGCUGACAGACCGAGAAGACCACGCAAGAUUUUCUCCUCUGAAAAGUAUCUUUCUCUAACACCAACGGCGUCGGAGCGGAAUUACGCAUCCCGACGAGCCCUCUCGUCCGUCCGCUCCAUGGCCAUCAUUUCCCCCUGCCCACUACCUCUGGGAGGUAUCCUUCAAAGGCCCCACUUAGGGCGAUGGAUGACCAGCUGAGUGACGGAGAUGAAUCAAAGGAUGCAGCCUGUUCAUAGUGACUAGAUUAGGAGACACCAAGCAGCGCUGCAGUGAGCUGAUGUUCUCUGGAAAUUCAGGAGAUACAGAUCACAUAUUUGUUUAGUUUGUGUCAGCACAGAGACUGUAUGCUGACUGCUCAACCUUGCGAUGCUUGUUAUGAGUUGUACAUCCACGACAAAUGAGCCAGAGAGCUGCAGCAGCGAGGGGAGCAGCUGCACCACUUCCUCCAUCACUACCUCAGACCCUUCUUCUAUGUCUGGGCACGUUCAACCCACCUUGCUUUCUGACACCACCCAGAAUGAAGUGCCGCCCCCUCCUCCCCUCCCGCCCCCACCUCCUGGGGCACCGCCGCCCCCUCCGCCCCUGGCAAACACAUCCACCAACCACAAUGGGAGGAAGAAGCGCCGCGUCCGCAGCUUCUACUGGAAGCCUAUCCCAGAGGAGAAGGUGCGCGGGAAGCCGAACAUCUGGACGCUGGCGGUGCGGCAGCAGCAGUACCAGAUCGAUGUUCGCUCUGUGGAGGAGCUGUUUGGGCAGCAGGAGGAUGCGGGGAUGGGCCUCCGUGGGUCAGCAGCAUCAACUGCAACAUCAACUCGCGUAUCCCGAUCACGCUCCUUUAAAGACACCAAGAAAGACGAGAUCAACAUCCUUGACUCAAAGAGGGGGAUGAACGUGGGCAUUUUCCUCAAGCAGUUUAAAAAGUCCAACCGCUCCAUUGUCGAAGACAUACGAAAAGGAGAAGGAAAGAUUUAUGGAGCGGAGCUGCUCAAAGACCUGCUGAAGCUCCUGCCCGACGCAGAGGAGAUUAAGAAGCUGCAGGCAUUCAAAGGAGAUCCAGACAAGCUGACACUGGUCGAUUCCUUUAUGUACCUCUUGAUCCAGGUGCCACGGUUCGAGGUUCGGAUCGAGGCCAUGGUCCUCCAGGAAGAGUUCUUCCCUUGCUGUGCUGCGAUGGGCCAUGAGAUUGAUGUCGUCCGUGUUGCCACUAAACAGCUGAUGAGCUGUGAGGAGCUUCAUGCCAUCCUGCAUCUGGUGCUGCAGGCCGGAAACAUCAUGAACGCGGGUGGCUAUGCAGGGAACGCUGUGGGAUUCAAGCUGUCAUCCCUCCUUUCACUGGCUGACACCAAAGCCAACAAGCCGGGGAUGAACCUGCUGCAUUUUGUGGCCAUGGAGGCAAAGAAAAAGGACGAGAAGUUGCUCAAGUUUCCUGAGAAGCUUCAAGAUGUCCAGAGUGCAGCCAGAAUUUCAGUGGAAAACAUUGAGGAGGAGUUUUCCUCCUUGUAUGUCCGAAUCAAAUCCCUGGAAGAGAAGGUUCAAGGAGACCAGGAGCUGCUGCAGCAGCUGGAGCCCUUCCUGCAGAGUGCAGCACUGACACUUCAGGACUUAAAGAGACGCAGGCUGGAUCUGCGUAAAGAGGGAAGUACUCUCAUCGAUUUCUUUUGUGAAGACAAGGACACAUUCAAGCUGGACGAGGGCUUCCGGAUCUUUCAGGACUUCUGCAACAAAUUCAAGAAAGCUGUUAAGGACAACACGGACCGGGAGUUGAAGGAAGCAGCCAGACAGCGUCGUCUCAAAGAACUGGAGGAAAAGCGUUUUGCGUGGUCGGGCGGGGAUCAGACCGGCGGAUUUGGUCGCAGCAGCAGCGAGAACGACGUUGAAAUGCUCACCAAGGAGGGCCUCCUGGAGUUUUUCCAGAGGUCUCAGAGUCCACACUGCCCGCUGGAACGUUCUGCCAGCGCACGCCGACACCGGCACACCAUGACCUCCAUAGCAGAUCGUGAACUCCAGGGAUACUUGGAGCUGUUCGGAAGCACGGGGAACUCCUCUGACUUUUCAAAAUUUAACAGCCUACCUCGGUUAGGCCGCCCUAUCCAGCGGAGGAUGGCCCCCUGGAUGUUAGGCCAGGACAGUAACCGGGAACUGGGCUGUGAAAGAAAAGCGACGUCUCCGCAUUCGGAAACUGAGCCGAUCGGCUCACACGCCAAGUUUUCUUCCUCUGAGCUAAACGAUAACGAAGACGACGACAACAACAACAACAACAAUUACUCAUCUGUGUCAGAGAGCAGCGCUCUGCCUCGGCCCUUUUGUGUCUUUCAGAAGCCUGCCCAUAUUCCCAACCCAGCAAUUACUGGCCACAUGAAUGUUAGUGUGGAGAAGCAUACUUUGGUCCGAGGUCCUCAGGCUUUUGACCUAAUCAGUCCAAACAAUAACAGCAAUCACAUGCACUUUGUCAACCGGGGGGACGUUGUGGUGACGGAUCUGGAAAUAGGGAGACAGUCACCACCCAAGAAUCUGGACAACAUUUCACAUGAUACAUUUUUGGAAAGGGGGGGAAAUCUAAAGGUAGUAUGGGAAGAUACAAUAGUUCCUCUCACUCAGGCUGGGGUCUCUCCUGAGAGAGAGAAAGAUGAAGAGGACUACAGCACAGUUUCAUCCACAACCUGCGAUACCCCUCUUCCACUAGAUACCUCUGUAUCCAACAAGAAGCCAAUGUUUUUUAUAGUGGACUGCACAGAAACGGACAUCUCUGUCACCUUGGAUUGCUCUGAGGUGGAAACCUCGUCUACAAAAGAAGGACUUCAUUUCCAAACAGCUGACCGCAGCAAAGAUCAGGAGAGUCGGCAAGACCUGAGCUCCGUGUCCUCUAAUUUGGAAUCCACAUCUCCCAACGACCAGUCUGUUUCAACCAAUGAGCUCUCAGCCCCCAAAUCUGUGGAUGCAGCAUCUGUGGCUCCAUCUACUACCACAGAAGAGUGGGACACGGAGAGCUGCGACACCGCUGAAGGAAAACAGGCCGCGGGGAAAGACACACAACGAAACACCCGAAAGCCAGCGCCUACAAAGAGCAAAGGCAGCAAAGCAACCAAAACCAGUGCAGGCCAUGGUGUGCGAACGCUGGCCAGCAACGAUAACCAGGGUAUGCGGAAAGUCGUCCCUAUCACCAAGCUGACCAGGACGGGUAGCAGCAGGCGAGCGGAGAAACCUGCAGUGCACGAUAGCGGGGAGACACGGCGGCCUCUCCGUGACCAGAGCACUCCGGCAAGAGGAAGGAGCGAGAAGACCACGAGACCUCCUCGGCACUCCAGUUUGCCUCCUGACGAGUCAAAAGCCCAGAAGGGAGGCGGUCUCACGGGCAGCGUUUCUCGAUGGGCACGUGAUUCAAUGCCUAGGAAAGCUUCAAUCCACAAGCCAAGCGCCAAACCAGUGAGGAACAUUCCCAAGCCGGCGCCCGAGGAGAAGAUGUGCCGCUCUACUAUGAGAGCCCUCGCUCAGGCUCAGGCUCAAGCUCAAGCUCAGACAUCUCCUGAGAACAGCAGCUUACACACACACAGUGCAAAAAACGCUUCUGGAGUCCCCAGCUUCGCCCGCAAUACUGUGGCCUCGUCUUCCAGGACCAGGAAAGAACUGGGCCCUCCGUCGGUCCCUUCCACCCCGUCUCGCAGCCCCUCUCUCCUGGGUCGACAAAAGCCGACCCGGGCAUCACACACAGGUCACACCAGUGACGAGCGGCCACAGGCAACAAGUCUGCGGCGGGUGCAAAGCGUCAAGGCAACAAGUCGCAGCACCUACCGUAGCGAGACCCCGCCUCCCCCUACGGCACGUGAGAACAUUCGUAAAUCUAGCAGCUUCUCUGAAAAGUCUGUGCAGCCCAGAGACUUGAUGACAUCCAGCAGAAGCAGGAAGCCAAGCUGGAAGUAAAAAAACAAACCUGACUGCAGGAUAACAGGCUGAAAGAGCAGGAAGAGAGGACUUCUUUUGGUUUUUUUACCUGCUUCGGCGUGAACUCACGUUCGCUCUGCUCGUCCAGAGUUAUCCACUCAUAUCAUGCAUAUCAAACAAAAGCAUGUUAAGCUCUCUCACUGUGUAAGAAUCCCUCUGUAGCUGGCUCUGUAUCAGGUUUACGAAUCACAAAGAGCAAGAUGCAAUGAAGUGCACACGUUCCUCAUUUCCUCUCUUUGUUUUUUGUUUUUGUUUCUAAGGGUUGGGAGAAAUCUAAACUGACAAAUGGCAAAUUGGUGCUUUUACACUGCAGCCUCUUUGCCUGCUUAGCUGUCUGCGUUCAGUAUGUUUUGGUGUCUGUGAUGCUGUUGACGUCAGACACUCACUACGUAAAGCUGCUAAUUAGCUCUGACAGAUUUGAGACCGACUUUCAGUGUCUGUUUCAUUCAGGGUUACGAGAUUUGUUGUACCUUACCUCGCUGCUGUCACGGUGUCUUUUUCACUUUGCUGCUUCUUCCCGUAGACUAACAGCGCUUCGUUUGCUUUGUGAUUCUUUUUGCUUGAUACCUCAGAACGAUCGCAGUGGCCUUGCACCAGCAGAAAAAGUAGACUUGUUCAUUUGGUUUUGCAUGAUGAUGAUGAUGAUGUAGACAAAAUCAGAUCAGUUUUACAAAAAAAAUAACUGCAAUGUCACUUUUUAAGAAAUUCCUGGUAUACUGUAUUAAUGUUACAACAAUAUAUAAAAGUCACACAUAUUAUGCCAGUGUAUACCAACCGUGGUACUUCUCGUACUGUAUCAGUAGUUUGUAAAUGUGUUAGGACUCCUCCAUAAUAUCUUGGAGUAGACAUGCACGUGGGAAAUGUUUCCUGUUUCAGCUAAUACAUGAAAAAAAUGCUAACGCUGUGAAAGAAAACCACCGAACGCAACAGAAACACAAAGACACUGAUGGCAUCAUCAGUCAUGUUUUUAGAGUCUGAUCUAAUUUUUCUACUGUGAACAUUGUCGUCUCAUAUUUUCUCUAGGCUUGUUCAAUUACAACAGUAAGCCCGUGGUUGUAAUUCAGCCUGGAUCUAGUUUGUUGCUGUCAUGAGUAUCAUCACGACACAGAAACAGGUUCAUUUAAAUUUAUCCCCAGUGAUAAAUUUAUUAUUUAAAAAAAAA